AUGCGGUCAAAUACCCUCUUCAUCUCUCUGCUUGUCUCUGCAGUGGCCGCACCUGUGCUGGCCGUACCCGUUUCUGUGGUGCUUGACCAAAACGUGGGUGAUGCAGUCCCAGCACCACCACGGAAGGCCGUCUCGCAGCACACUCAGCCAUUGGCUGCCGAUAUCGACAACCGACCAUAUACACCGUCUCCAAAAGUCUCCCCGGCCGUGGUUUUGGCCACUCCCCGGCCUCUCAUUACCUCCUAUCUCAUGGGUCUCGCUCCUCCGAUGCCCGCACCAGCACCUGUCACAAGCAAGAGCCAGCCAUCUACAGCCCGGAAGCAGAACAAAACGGAUCACCCCGAUAAAGCCAAGAGACCAAAGACAGGUGGCCUUGUGGUUGUUCAAGAGGCAUUGGAUGAGGCUGAAGCCGUCAUCGCAGCUGUGUACUCCGAAUCGAUGGAGCGCAACUUGAAGAACGCCAACAAGGCCUCUGUUCCAUGCUACACACAGCUUCGGCAUGCGCACGACGAAAUGAUGGUCAUCAGCAUGGUGGCCGUCUUCCUGCUGGUCAUUAUGGUGAUCGAGUUUUUGGACAACAAUAGGCAAAAAUCGAUGGAUAUCGAAGCUGCUCCUGCGUUGGGGGCCAUCCGUCUGGAGGAUGGCAAGUAUUCCCAGACUUCCGAAAGGCAGCCACUCUCUGUGCAGGCAGCCCCCCCGCAAUUAGAUCUUGCGACGCCGAUAUGCGACGAAAAAACAAAAACCAACUAA